AUGAAGUCCAAUGUCCUGUCUACAAAGCACAGAACUCAUCCACGAGGAUGGGAUGCCGGCAUUCCUCCCUCGCUGAGACCGCUUGUACGCGCAUAUCUCUUCGGCUAUGGCUUCAGCGUUGGCCCGAGAGUGCUCUCGUUGCUUCUGCAUCAUCUUUUGAAGCUGUCACCGAGGCGCAAGGGAACAGCCCAGGAUGAUGCUGCUCCGUCAGGGAAAUCACAAGCGCCGCUGCUCGAGUCACUUGGGAAGAUACUAAGGGCUGGGACGCAGCUGAACCGGUUCCCUACGUUCUGCGCUGCCCUUGUUGGCAGUAGCACUUUGUUAGAGGUGCGUCAUGACAUUACCAUUACGGCUCAAGCUUUCCGCAAUGGAUCCCUGCUGACCAGUGUGUCUUCCUGGAUAGCCUGUUCUACAGAAAGCAUUUUCUCCACCGCGAAAGAAGGCCACCAGCCAGCAGGACAGGGCAGUCCAGCCUCUCCCGAAGCCAUCAAGCCCCAGGCAGGGCGCACAUUAGAUCUCACCCUCUUCGCCGCCACCCGUGCUCUAGACGUGAUCAUAGGAGAACUCUGGUCCCAGCGUCGUGUGGUUCGCUCUCCGUCCGCCAGCAGAACAACUCGCACCCUUGACUACCUCACCUCCACGCUCACUGACCCCCUCAUCUUCGCCCUGACUUCUGGCAUCGUGAUGUGGAACUGGUUCUACGCACCGCACGCCCUCCCUCGCGCCUACAACAAGUGGAUCGCCUCGGCCGCGUCCGUCGACCAGCGCCUCAUCGUCGCACUCCAGCGCGUCCGUGCCCAGAUCAUGCGGUACGGUGAGGACACGGGACAAGCACCCCUUCUCCAGGGCAUGUGCGAGGACUUUGGCUGGCCCACAGCCUGGGGAGAUCCGGCCGUCAGUGUUCCCUUUCCCUGCGAGAUGGUGCACAUGGGCGUCGGCCCGUCUUGCGAGCUGCACGCGCUCAGCCGGUUUCUGCGCGCGUGGGCCUGGAGCAUGAGGACGUACCUCCCAUUACAGUUGGUCAUGUUCGCCGCCCGCGCCCGCGGCUCCAAGGAUCUCCGGCGCGACUUCGUACGCACCCUCACGUCUGCCUCGCGCUCGUCCGCCUUCCUCGGCGCCUUCAUCGCGCUCUUCUACUACGGCGUCUGCCUGACCCGCACGCGUGUCGGCCCCCACGUCCUGGGCACAUCACCGGGUGCGCGGCAGAGGAUUGAUAGCGGCCUCUGUGUCGGUGCUGGAUGUCUCCUCUGCGGGUGGAGCGUGCUCCUCGAGACGGCAGGGCGGAGGAAGGAGCUCGGGCUGUUCGUGGCGCCGCGCGCGGUGGCGACGAUGCUGCCGAGGCGGUACGACGCUGACAGGCAGUGGAUGGAGAAGAUGACAUUUGCGGCCAGCACAGCAGUAGUCUUCACGUGCGUACUGGAGAACAAGAGACGAGUGAGGGGUGUGUUGGGGUCUGUUUUGAGGAUGGUUCUUGCUGCAUAAGCGAUCCGUUGGCAUGUGAGAUUCACGAAAUGGUGGACAAGUUAGAACUAGACGGCCCGAGGUUGCAUAUAACGAGGCGAUGGGUUGGUUGGGUCCAUGCAUAAUCGUUAAAUCUGUAAUUUAGUAGUCAAUAGACUAUAGAAUUCAUCUUAAGAUUAGGAUGAU